UUUCUCGCUGGAUUGAUUGUUCUGUGCUUGAUCCCUUGCUUUGCUUGUUAUUUUUGAGAUGGCUGACGAUGUGGAAAAUGAUGAUAACUGGCUAUAUGGCGAAAAUAAUGAUAAUGUUUUGAAGGAAUCUGAGAAAGAACCCUCUCCCGAUAAAGAAAAAUCUUCCGAAGAAACUCCUGCUUCAGUUUCAUUACCGCCUAUUGGUGAUGGUCCCCCAGGAGUUGAUAAUGAAAAUGACGUCGAAAAUGGCACACAAACUGAAGAGAAAGAGGAAGGCGAGGUAGAAAAUAAGCCAAAUGAAGAGGACAGUGAUAAAGAGGAUUUAGAAGAAGAUAGUGACGAUGAUGUAAAUGUUGUUAUUGGAGAUAUCAAAACUACACCUUCGUACACCGCUUUGAACAUCAAAAGGAGUACACUCAUAAAUACUGCAGCUGUAGACAAAACUAAACAGGUUGCUGGCAAAUUUUCAGUUGAGGAAUUUGAUCAAGUUGGUAUGAUAAAUGGAGUACCAGCCACAGAUUAUAAUUUAGAUUCCUUGGAAGAUAAGCCUUGGAGAAAACCUGGAGCUGAUAUAACAGAUUAUUUCAAUUAUGGAUUUAAUGAAGAUACCUGGAAAGCAUACUGUGAGAGGCAGAAAAGGAUACGGGUAUCUGAGUCGGGAAUUGGACUCCAACCUCUAAAUGCUAUUGGUUUACCUCGUGGUCCAAUUCCUAUUUCUAACGAUAAUAGUAAAUAUGCUAAUAACUUUACUGGAAUCAGGAAAGCAGGUCCUCCACCUGGUAGGAGAAUGACAGGUUCAAUCGAUGUUCUUGGGGGAGAACAACCAAAGGAAAAUGUUAUUCAGGUAAUGACUGCUGAUCGCAGAGAGUAUAGUAGAAAACCACCCGGUUUUCCCGAUAUGUCAGUUCCACCACCAGCAGCCACCUUCGAACCUUUUCAACCAGAGUAUGGUUUUAAUCCUGAACCUGAUCCAUAUUUUGGAGGUUAUGAACCAACACAGGAUUGCCAAUGGGGAGCAGUUAAUCAGCCAGCUUGGGCACCAUCCGACAUUAAAUCCCUCACCCCUGGACCUGCUGCCAUGCCUCAUAAUAUGCCCAUGGGACCCCCUGUAGGAAUAACUGGACCACCACUGUCAAGCAGAGACAGGGAUAGAGAUAGAGAUAGGAGUCCAUCCCACCAUAGAGAAGAUAGAGAUCAUGAUCGAGAAAGAGAUAGAGAUCGGGAAAGCAAAGUUAGGGAAAGAUCAGAAAAACCCAGAGAUCGAGAGAGAGAAAGGUCCCAUAGAAGAGAUAGGUCAAGGAGUAGAUCUAGGCGUCAUAAGUCUAGGUCAAGAAGUCCAAGUCAUAGAUCUCAUAGGAAAAAGAAGUCAAGGAGACACGAAGAGAGAGACAGUGAAUGAAUUCAAUAUUUAAAUUACUUUCCAUUUGAUUUAUCCAUUCUAGUUUGUUAAGUUCUAAUUGGAAAAAGAUAACGGUUUUAUUUAUGUAAAUUAAUUAGUGAUACAAAAUGAAAUACAAUUUUAUAUGUGGAUACUAUUCAAGACUAAUAAAGUUAUUCCAUGAA